AUGACUGAUUCCUCCAGCUCUGAGUCUUGCAACCCUAACCGGGAAGAUCCUGUGGCUGACGCUGCAACUUCGUCUCAUGCAAGAAGACCUAAAGAAACGGUCUCCGGGUUCUCCUCAGCAAUCGCACUUGAUGAACAACCCAGGGAAGGCUCGAGGCAUGUGCAUAAUGCCAUUGCAACUAUUGUAAAUAAGAUACUAUCUGUCGUCGUAAGAAAGAAUGUCGCUGACGAUGCUGAGCAACCUGAUGCUCAUGAGGGGUCAAAAAUUGACAAACCCUUAGAUAAUGUGAGAGGUGAGGAGGUCCGUGUCACUCAUGAUGUCAGUGACAAACCUAAAGCUGACACAAGGUCCCCAACAAGGAAGGUUGAUGUGGCAACUUCUCCCACUCCAAAGGUGACAGAGAGUUCCCUCAAAAGGAAAGGGCAUGGGCCUGCAAAAUCUUGGAGCAAAGAGGUGCCCAAGAAAAUGAAGACCAAGACUGUUGUUUUGGAGUCUGAUUCUGAUGUCCCUUGUGAUGUCACAACAUCUCUGUCGAAGAAGAAGCCAAUCACUAGCAAGCUGGCUGCUAGUGUCCCUGAGGUACCCAUUGACAACGUGUCAUUCCAUUUUGCCUCUAGUGUAAACAGGUGGAAGUACGUCUAUCACAAGAGGCUGGCCUUGGAGAGGGAUCUGGCUCAGAAUUCCCUGGAGUGUAAGGAGAUUGUAGACCUGAUUCAAGAAGCAGGCUUACUGAAAACUGUGACUCAACUCCCAAAGUGCUAUGAGACUUUAGUAAAGGAGUUUAUUGUCAAUGUGUCUAAGGAAUGUGCAGAUGGAAAGUCAAGUGAAUUCAAAAAGCAUGUCCCUGACAUUGCCAUGACAAUUGGAGAAACAUCAAGUGUUGGCAACCAACCAGAUAAAGCUGCUGUCAUUGCCAUACUCAGAGAGACCUGCAAAGAGCUAGAGGCAAGGAAGCUCACUUCGGAAAAGUUGAUUAUCCAAUUGGAGAUGUCUGAUGAUGGUGUGCUUGGUGAAGCUACUGAGGCUACAGAAGGAGCUGCAAGGCAAAGUGCAGAGGGUGAAGAGGAGGCUAGUUCGGAUGAUGGCACUGAUGAUGAGGCUGACUCUAAGUCAGAUGAAUAA